CAAAUAAAAGAGAGUUCAAGUGGACCCUUUUUUUAACACCUAAAGAAAUCUCAAAAUAACUAACUUUUAUGAUUCAUUUCCCUUUUAUGUUUGUUCAUGCUCUCUUCACCCUUUCUCACAUUAACUUCCCUCUCUUAAAUCUCUCUCUCUCUCCCUCUCUCACUCUCAUUACUUUGUCCUACCCUUAUCUCUCUCUAUUUCAAAAUUUCUCUCUUUGCUUCUCAUAUAUCAUAUUUUUGUGAUCAAUGCCACAAUGUUGUUGAAACACUCUCAAGUCUUUGCCUUCAACUCCAAGCAACUACCACUGUGUGGAAAAUCAUAAGAAAAAAAAAAUCAAGAUAUGGAUUUUGGUUAUGGUUUUAGUUUUAGAAGAUUGUUUCUUAGAGCUUUGUUAUUUCUAGGAAUCAUAUGGUUUAUGUUCAUUGCAAUCUCAACAAUGAAUCACCAAACAAAAAGCACAAUUCUUGUUCCAAUGAAUGUGAAUGUUAUUUCCAAGCAAUUAAAGUUUGUUGGCAUGCAAAGACAUACCAUCCCUUCGGAUUCUAGACUCAUCUUUGUGAGUAAAAGAAGAGUACCUAAUGGACCUGACCCAAUACAUAACAGGAGAGCAGUGAAAUAUAGACAACCACCAAAUGAAGCUUGAACUUUGAGGAAAAAUCAUAGAAGAAAUCUUGAUUUUUUGUGUGGAAGAAUUUAGAGUGUUUGUAUAAGAUAUUGUUUUUACAUAUAGUAUUUCAUGAAGUGCUUUGAAAGCUACAAGUGUGAUCUUAAUGUUUUUUCUAGUUUUUUUUUUUCUUCUCCAUGAAUGUACCUUUUUUAUUAUUGUAAAUCAAGGUCUUAGGUAAUGAAUUAACCCAAAUUUUGGAUGCAAA